CUGAGUAUCAGGAGUUUGAUUGCAUCGUACGCCAAUGCAGGGAAGUAACAAGGUCUCCAUCAGGUCUUACCUCGCCAUCUCUCUCCUAACCCUACUCUGCUCCGUCUUCCUCCUGCGGUGGCUGAGAUGGCGGAGCUGCGGCCGAGGAAGGCCGCCCCUACCCCCUGGGCCCCUCGGCCUUCCAUUCCUUGGAAGUCUCCUCUCCCUCGAACCCGAACUGCACGUCUACUUCCGCCGCCUCGCCCUCACACAUGGCCCCGUCCUCAGCCUCCGCCUCGGCUCAAAGCUCCACGUCGUUCUCUCCUCCCCAGCCGCUGUCCGAGAGGCCUUCAAGGACCACGACGAGGCCUUGGCUAACCACGACCCCCCCGCUUGCAGCGCCGACGCCCUCCGCCAUAACAUGGUGUGGUGCCCCCACGGCCCGCUUUGGCGCAGUCUCCGCAAGGUCACCGUCCGCGAGCUCCUCAGCGUCUCCGGCAUCGAGGCUGUCAGCCACCUGCGGUGCCGAGAGGUCCAGCAGACCGUCUCCGGCCUCCGCGCCGGCGAGCCGGUAGCCGUGCGGGAUCUGGUGUUUACCACGGUGUUCCACGUGAUGACGGGCAUGCUAUGGGGAGUGACGCCCAGCGACGACGCGGCGAGCCAGUUCAGGAAGGUGAUCCAGGAGUCCAUCUGGAUGUUGUCAGUGCCAAACGUGUCGGACUUUUUUCCGAAGAUUGCGGCGCUGGAUUUGCAGGGUUUGUCGAGGAGGAUGAAGGAACUUUAUGAGCGUUAUACUUUGUUGUUUGCCAAGUUUGCAGAAGAGAAACACGGCGAAGGUUUCCUAAAAGUGAUGAUGCAGGUUCUGGAAAAGGAUGAUAAGGAGUCAUUCACUCUGGACAAUGUCAAGGGCUUGUUCCUUGAUCUAGUAAUGGCAGGAACAGAUACAUCCACAAGUGCAGUAGAAUGGGCGAUGUCUGAGCUGAUGUGCAACCCCGAAGCCAUGAAGAGAGUAAGAAAUGAGCUCGACGCAGUGGUCGGUAAAGGACGCCUAGUGGAAGAGUCAGACCUGCCAAAAUUGCCUUACCUUUGCGCUGUGAUGAAGGAGACGCUCCGCCUGCAUCCAGUGAUUCCUCUGCUGGUUCCCCACUCGCCCAGCUCCACUUUCGUACUAGGUGGGUACACCAUUCCCAAAGGUUCCAAGGUCUUCAUAAAUGUUUGGGCAAUUCACAGAGACCCUGCUCUGUGGGAAGAUCCCUUGCAGUUUCGACCCGAGAGAUUUUUACAGGGGAAUCAGAAUUAUGAUUUUCGUGGAAAUACUUGUAUCUAUCUGCCAUUUGGACUGGGGAGGAGGAUAUGCGUGGCGAUUUCUUUGUCGCAGAGGAUGAUAAUAUACAUGUUGGCUUCCUUCCUGCACUGCUUUGAUUGGGAGUUGCCAGAAGGGCAUGAACUUGAGCUCAGUGGGGUGUUUGGAAUUGUGUUGAAGAAGGCUCGACCACUUGUUCUUAUUCCAAGAGCAAGAAAUCAUCAACUAGAUAUUCGAACUUUAUGUUGAUUGAGAGUUCUUAUCUCCUUCCUCAUCAAGCUAAUAAUUAUACAAGUCCUAUUUAUUGUUGUACUA